ACCUGCAGAACUUCCAAUGCCUCCCAAGAUGCCUCGCGCCAAACGCCCACUUGCCGAAACUGAUCCCAACGCCUCUACUGGCCGGACGACACGCUCCAAAGUGGCCAAAUUGGACGCACCCAAGGGCAAAGAAAACAAAACCGUGUUAGGAGCGAAGAGAACAAGCAAACAGGACAGCAAGAGAUUGAAAUCCUUGACGAAACACGUGGAGGAAGAUGAAGGGCUCGAGGACUACGCCAACACAUCAAACAAUCGACUAGGGUGGCUCCUGCUAGAUCGAGGGCUUCCCUAUGGUACAACGGAUGAAAGAGAUGUGAUGAUCAUGCGUCUCGAGAUAGCAGAUGCAACCGCAAAGGAACUUAAUGUACCGCCUUACACUCCGCCAUACUUCCCGCCAACUACAGCGGACAUUCGCAACGCCGAGGCCAGCAGUCUCAAGAAGCAGACCGACUUUGCCUCAAAGGACAAUAGCAAGCUCCGGUCGAUGCUAGAAGCGCGCAAGCUAUCUACUUAUGGUACACGGGAUGCGCCAGUCCAGCGCUUGGAGGCGCACCCGACGGUUGACUAUGAGCAAUACACCACGGACGAAUUAUCGGCGAUGGCGUCGCGGCGACACAUGAGAAUGGACACCACUGGUCCGAAGGCUGUGAAGAUUGCGCGGUUGCGCAUGAACGACGAACUGAAGCGCGAUACGGGAAAUACGCCGGAAGGUGAAUUGUAUGGCGCCAUUUCUGCAAUGGAGAUGUUUGUAGGCGCGUUUCGGCGAGACAAAGACAGAGCGCUGCGCGGCGAUUACUCCUUCGUCAGGAGCUUCUGUCGGCCCGCAUCAACUCUCAAAGAGCUUCUGCAUGAGCGCAAUCUGCCGGAAUCUGGGAACAUCGCGACGAAAAUGGAACGGCUGCGUAAGGACGAUGCGCGCCGGGCGACGCCGUUCGCGACACGCAUCUUCGAAAAGCGCAUCAACGAUGCACGGUCCGAAUGGGAGAAAUUACGAGUAAAAUUCGAAGAAGCUACAGGACGUCCUCUUCUCUGUGUUUCGGAAGAUUUGAAUGCGGAAAGCAAAUUGCACCAACGCGAUCCAGUUCGCAACGCCCCAAAGGAUGACCCUCCGGUCAAACACAUGGUUGACUACGACUGGCGCAGCUCGCGCUGGGCCGAUCGGAACAGGCAUCAGCUGGUGGAUAUCGCCAAGAAUCGGGGUAUGCCACAUGCCAGCGGGGCACCAAAGGCUGCAAUGAUUAAGUGGCUCGAGACGGGGGAGAUUGAAUAUGAAGAAUACUAUACCACUUCUCUUCACGCCAUGUGUUCAGAAAGAGGCAUCGACGUCAACCAGACCAAGAAGAAAGUCGAGAUUAUUAGAUUGCCGAAAGAGCACGAUGAGGAGAAGUCCUAGCUAUCGGUCUUCCGCAUCAGCAUCCCUUCUCUUCACCUCCUCCGUCUAAACCCCAAUCCUGCAUCCUGGGGGCGUUCCACAGUCACCUUCAGAUUUCUUAAAAAGUAGCUAGCCCCUGGUAGACCUUUAUCGGCAAAAGAGUAAGCAGUAGUCCGAGCACUAAGGUCUUCUAGAAGGUGUUGUUAGGAAGUUAGGAGGUUAAGAGGAAUUGGAGGUGGAGGGCCCGCCCGGGCCCUAGAUUCCCCCAAAAUCACCUUAACAAUCGGGCUUCUUAGCACUAAUAUUCGGCCGAUAUCCGCUCGAUAUACCGUUCUUGUAUGAGAGAGCUUUGAACGUAACGGUAUAUUGAGAUUUGAACGAUAUAGCAUGAACGGUAUACCUAGCUUUUCCUGUAGAAAUUUAGUUUCAGUCC